GUCUCGUUGGUCGCCUGAGCCUUCGCGGACGCCGUAGUCAGCUGACCUGACAAGGAACUGUAGGCACGGAACUCGGAAUACAGGCUUUUUGGGUGGCCGGGCGCCGCCAUGGCUCCGGACCCCUGGUUGUCGGUGUAUGAAUCCACUUGCCAUACUGCCCAAGAGGUUGCUGAAAAAAUUCAAGAACGUAACCGAUGUCAGAGGAAUGGUGAAAGUACAACUAAGCUCAAUGUUUCCAUCAGGUCACUGUUGCAAAACCUCAAAGAAAAGACUGAGCGUCUGAAGGACCUCUUGCUUCACUCUGUAUCAACACGUCAGAUAACUCAACUCGAAGGGGACAGGCGGCAGAACUUAGUGGAUGACCUCCUCACGAGACAUCGUCAUCUUCAGGCAUCUUUCAAAAAUGAGGGGACGGAACCGGAUGUGAUAAGGUCUAGCCUAAUGGCUGGAGGGGUCAGACAAGGUGUCGUAAACCCAUGGCUUGUGGAGGAGCCUGAGGAAACAAGAGGGCUUGGCUUUCAUGAAAUCCAGCAGCAGCAACAGAGAAUUAUAGAAGAACAAGAUGCUGGUCUCGAUGCUCUCUCUUCAGUCUUAGCCCGUCAGAAACAGAUGGGGCAGGAAAUUGGGAAUGAGUUAGAGGAACAGAAUGAAAUCAUCGACGAUAUCACCAAUUUAGUAGAAAAUACCGACAACAAGCUGCGCAACCAAACCAAGCGUGUAAUGACAGUGGACAGAAAAUCAUCUUCUUGUGGGAUGAUGGUGGUGAUCGUACUACUGCUGAUUGCGAUAGUCGUCGUUGCUGUGUGGCCCACAAAAUAAUCGAUGGAGCUAUUACUUUGCAGCCAUAGCACUCUGAGGCAAGGAAAAUUCAAUCUCAUUACUGACACUUUCCGUGGAGUUGGCUGUAUUUGACUCAUUCUCAGUGCACUGGCAGAAGCACGGCUGGUGGAGAAAUUCAUUUUGCAAAAAUCUCUAUCCAGUAGGACUUGAUAUUUUUGAGAAUGUUACUGGUAGGAGGCGAAUCUCCU